AUGGAUGCCUUGUUGUAAGUUGUGAAAUUAAUAGCGACAAAGGAAGAAAGAAGUGAUAUAUUAGAAAAUUAUAUAAACUAAGAAAAUUUUGAUGUGUGUAUAACUAGUUUUGAAGGCGCAAAAAUAUGCCAAAAAAACUUAAAAAAAAUAAACUUUUAAUAUAUUAUUAUUGAUGAAGCUCAUAAAAUAAAAAAUGAAGAAAGUUAGCUUUCACUUAUUAUCCGUAUUUUUAAAACUAAUUAUAAAAUUCUUCUUACUGGUACACCUUUAUAAAAUAAUCUUCAUGAGUUAUGGAGUUUAUUAAAUUUCCUUUUACCUGAUUUAUUUAAUCAAAGUGAAAUUUUCGAUGAAUGGUUUAGUGCAAGCAAUUUAAGUGGGAAAAACAAUGAAAAUGAUUAAAAAAAUUUACAAAUGAUAUCUUAAUUACAUAAAAUAUUAAAGCCUUUUAUGAUGAGAAGAACAAAAGGAGAAGUAAUGAAAACUCUUCCUCCGAAAAAAGAAAUGCAUUUAUAUGUAGGAUUAACUGAAUUAUAAUUAAAUAUGUACAAGAAUUUACUUUCUUAGAAAAAAACAAUAACAGAUUCUCCUGACGAUAAAAAAAUGUAUCUAAACACUCUUAUGUAAUUGAGAAAAGUUUGUAAUCAUCCUUAUUUAUUUGAGGGUGUAGAAGAAGAAGGAUUACCUACUUUAGGAGAACAUUUAAUCACUAGUUGUGGUAAAAUGAUGGUUUUAGAUAAAUUGUUAAUGAAGUUAAGAAAUGGGAAACAUUAGGUCCUUAUUUUUUCACAAAUGACUAUGAUAUUGGAUAUUUUGGAAGAUUACUGUAAUUUUAGAUAGUUUAAUUAUUGUAGAAUUGAUGGAAAUACAGAUAUGAGUGAUAGAGACGCUUAAAUAAGUGAAUUUACAUCCGAAAAUUCCACUAAGUUCGUAUUUUUGUUAAGUACAAGAGCAGGAGGACUCGGUAUUAAUUUAGCUACGGCAGAUACAGUCAUUUUAUAUGAUUCAGAUUGGAAUCCUUAGAUGGAUUUAUAGGCAAUGGAUAGAGCACAUCGUAUUGGUUAAAAAAGUAUUGUAAAUGUAUAUAGGCUUAUUACAGAAAGUACAGUUGAAGAGAAAAUUAUUGAAAGAUAAACAAUUAAAUUAAAAUGGGAUUCUCUUAUUAUUUAAUAGGGAAGAUUAGCAUAGAAAAAUAGGGUUUUUACAAAAGAAGAAAUUAAAGACAUUAUUCAAUUUGGGGCUUCUGCAAUUUUUAAGGCUAAAGAAGGAACUUAUACAGAUGAAGAUAUCGAUAUUUUAUUGUAAAGGGGAGAGGAAAAAACUAAGGAUUAUAAUAAAAGUAUUGAUAAUAAAUUUAAUUAGACUAAUGAAAAAAUAGGAUAGCUUUCUUUAAGUUCAAUUAAUAUUUAUGAUUUUCUUUAAAAAAUGGAUGAUUAAAAAUACAAAUAGUAAGAUAAAGAAGCUUUGGAUGAAUAAAUGGCGAAGGAAUUAGCUAAUGAUUAGAGAAGUACUAGAAGGGAAAAGAAAAUUAAUUAUAAUAUCAAUGCCUAGUUUAAUAACAUGAUGUCUACAGCACCUUUACCGAAAGCUGCGAAGAUUAUUAAAUUGCCGGAACAUUAACUGUUUUUGGAAAGAGAAAGAUUAUAAGAGCUAUUAUAAAAAGAAGAAGAUUAUAAAUGCUUAAGCUUUAGGGCUAGAAAAGGAGACGAUGGGCUAGAGGAAAAUGGGCUUACGGUAAGUGAAAAUGAGGAGAAAAAUAGAUUCUAAAACACAGGAUUUCCCAUUUGGCUUAAAUAAGAAUUUCAUUCCUUUUUAUAAGGAUGCGAAAGGUUUGGAAGGGAAUCAUAUUAGGAAAUUUCAGAUCAUAUUAAAACUAAAAGUCCUGAAGAAGUUAAAGAGUACAGUAAAGCUUUUUGGGAAAGAGUUGAUAGUUUAAGUGAAAAAGAAAGAUUUGUUAAAAAUAUUGAAAGAGGAGAAUAAUUAAUAAAAUAGAAACAUUUAAUGACAAAAUUACUUUAAGAAAGAUGUUCUAUGUAUUUAAAUGUUCGUGAAGAAUUUUAAUUUAAUCCAUUAAUUUACAAUAAGUCAAAAUCUAAAUUUUAUACUACAGAAAUGAUAAAUUUUUAAUUGUAGCAAGUUAUGAAUAUGGAUGUUCAAAUUGAAACUAUUGUUAUUGAAGAUGAUGAUGAAGAAAAUAUAUAAAAUAAUAAUCAAAAUAAUUAAUAAAAAUAUGAUCCUAGUAAUAAAUAAAGUUUAAAUAGUAAAAGAAAUAGUGAUAAAAAAGUAUUAUAAGAAGAUAAAGUAUUAAAGAAAAUUAAAUAAGAUUGA